GCCAGGACACAAACAAGUUAGGUGAGUUACAGUGCAACAUGAGUGGGUUACCUACACGGUAGCUGCAGGCUGGGCUCUAACCACAUAACACGGCCAUCGUUUCUUAGCGGAGAGGAAUGAGAUCAUUUAGAAAGGAAAGAUAAUUUCUCCCUUGAGUCACAACGGGAAAGAAACAGAAAAGCACAAAAGCUACACUGCUCCAAUAAAAAUUGAAAAUCCUUUUAAUGUCUGAGCAAUUUUGAGAGGAUUGACUUAAAUGGACAAGAUGAUUGUUUGGCUGAUCUCUCUGAAAAGUAUUGAAAUGCUAUUCAUGGCAGUGUCUUGCCUGAAUUUCCACAUUGAACCUGAAGAAGGUAGCCUUGCAGGAGGAACGUGGAUCACAGUCAUUUUUGAUGAUUCAGAGUCAGGUCUCUUUUAUCCGGCCAAUGGCUUUCAGCUGGAAAUACAUCUGGUGAAUAUGACUGUUUCUGUGCUGCCGAGCAUCCCCUGUGACAUCUCUCCUGUCUUCUUGGAUUUGCCGGUGGUGAUGUGCAGGACCAGGUCUCUGCUGUCCGAAGCACAUGAAGGUCUGUACUACCUGGAAGUGCAUUCUGGAGGACAGGUGGUAGGCAGCCCAAAUCCAGGACCACAAGACAGCUGUACUUUCAAGUUUUCCAGGGCACAGACACCCAUUGUUUACCAAGUUUAUCCACCAAGUGGAGUUCCAGGAAAACUAAUACAUGUAUAUGGCUGGAUUAUCACUGGAAAAUUGGAAACCUUUGAUUUUGAUGCAGACUACAUUGACAGCCCAUUGAUCUUGGAAACCCAAGGAGACAAAUGGGUUACUCCUUGCUCUCUUGUAAACUGGCAGACAGGAAGCCGCUACCCUAUUCAGGAAGACCAUGGUCUUGGGACUCUGCAGUGCCGCGUGGAAGGCAACUAUAUUGGCUCCCAGAAUGUUAGUUUUUCAAUAUUUAACAAAGGAAAGUCGAUGGUACAUAAGAAUGCAUGGCUGAUCAGUGCUAAACAGGAACUUUUCCUGUACCAGACAUACUCAGAAAUACUAUCUGUGUUUCCAGAAACUGGGAGCCUUGGGGGAAGAACAGACAUCACAAUUACAGGAGACUUCUUUGACAUUCCUGCCCAGGUUACCAUUUCAGGCAUUCCAUGUGAUGUGAGACACGUGUCUCCCAGGAAGAUUGAGUGUACUACUAGGGCUCCAGGAGAAGGUGCAAGGCUCACUGCGCCUCAAGCAGGCAAUCGAGGGCUUCUUUUUGAAGUUGGUUAUGCUGCUGAGGGCUUGGACCUGACUGAAGCUACCCCCGGGUACAUGAGGCAGAUUGUUCCAAAUGCCAGUUCUCCAUUUGGAUUUUGGUCAAAGGAAGGGCAACCUUUCAGAGCACGGCUCAGUGGAUUCUUUGUGGCCCCAGAGACGAAUAAUUACACUUUUUGGAUCCAGGCAGACAGCCAAGCUUCCCUGUAUUUCAGUAGAUCAGAGGAUCCAAGAUCCAAGGUGAAGGUGGCCUCUAUUAGGAUGGGUACUGCUGACUGGUUUGACUCCUGGGAGCAGAGUGGGGAUGAAGGGCCCUGGCAACAGAAGACCACCAAGUUAGAGCUGUUUGGUGGAGCCAGGUACUACCUGGAGGCAGAACAUCAUGGAAGAGCACCCAGUAGGGGAAUGAAAAUUGGUGUCCAGAUCCACAACACCUGGCUGAAUCCUGACGUGGUCAGCACUUACCUCCGGGAGAAACAUCAGAUCCGAAUCCGUGCUCAGAGACUUCCAGAAAUUCAGAUGGUGACUGUGUCUGGAAGAGGGAACUUCUUUCUUACUUGGGACAAUGUCUCUAGCCAGCCAAUCUCUGCGAAUGCCACAGCCCAUCAGAUUCAGACAGCCAUUGAGGAGUUACUUGCAGUCAAAUGCCAGCUGGAACCCCUUUCGGCUAAUAUCCUACUCCGGCUUGGAUUCGAACAAGGCUCAGAAGGUUUCAGCUGUGACGGGCACCUCACCAGUGGGACAGAGCCCUUCUGUGGGAGGUUCAGCCUCUAUCAGCCUCGGUACCUUAUCCUAAGACCCCCGGCUGCCCAGAAGGGCUACCGGCUGGAUCAAUAUACACACCUGUGCAUUGCAUACAAAGACCGCAUGCAUAAGAUCCUGAAGUUGAUCGUGUCCUUCACAAUUGGUCUUCAAAGCAUCAUUAAGAAGAACAUCACCUGUGACUGGAGUCUCAUGGGGACCAGUUCUGAAAGCUGGCAGUUCACUUGCACCGACCUUUGGAAGACUUGUGUGCAUCCUUCUGCAUAUCUCCAAGUGCUUCUGAAAAACUCCCCGGUGGUGGUACAUCGCAUUGACCUCCUUCCUCUGGCACAGGAGACGGGCGCAUUCUAUAUGGAUGAAAUUAUUAUUGCAGACACAAACCUGACAGUUUCUCAAGCUGAUUCUGGAACAGCUCGCCCAGGUGGGAAUCUGGUGGAAUCUGUCUCUGUGGUGGGAUCCCCUCCAGUCUACAAUGUAACCUCCUGGUUGGCAGGGUGUGGCCCGGAACUCCCGCUCAUCACCGCAAGUUCUGUGCCCACUGAAGAAGCAGAAGAAGGAUCCAGAAAGGUCCAGGUGACAACACAGAGGCUACAGAGAACAAGUCCACCUGUAGGAGGACACUUUCGCAUCCAACUUUCUAAUACAGUGAUUCCUGAUGUCCCUGUGAAUAUUUCAGCUAGUCACCUUUGCCAGCUCUUACAGAACAAUACUGAUGACUUCACCUCCAGGUACCUCAAUGUCCAUGACUUCACCGUGAUGGAGGAUCUAAAGUCUUGCUAUGAACAUGUAUGGACCAUCUCCUGGUCCAUCCAGGUUGGGGAUUUGCCCAAUUUCAUCAGGGUCUCUGGCGAAAAUCUAACUGGAGUGAACCCAGCUGCAACCACUCGUGUGGUAUAUGAUGGUGGAGUUUUUCUUGCACCCAUAUUUGGAGACAUGUUAGCUACUGCCAACCCGUGCACUCAGGUGGUUGUACGAGUGAAUGACAUACCAGCUUACUGCUCAGGUUCCUGUUCUUUCCAGUACCUCGAAGGAUCAACUCCCUGGGUCCACUCUCUGUGGUAUUCACUUGAUGGUGACAUCAAUCUACUGGUUUAUAUUACUGGAACUAGUUUCUCUGGUGACUCCCAGGCCUUUCAGAUUACUGUGAACAAAUCAAAUUGCAAAGUUAUUUUUUCAAAUCAAACAAAUGUGGUCUGUCAGACAAACCUGCUACCUGUUGGAGUGCAUCGGAUGUCAAUGUUUGUGAGACCCUUUGGUCGUGCCAUCAAUGCCAGUGGAGAAGGCCUCUUCCUAAAUGUAGAACCCAGACUGGAUGCAGUGGACCCUUCGAGAGCUGCAGAGACUGGAGGGCUCUGGGCCACAAUCCGAGGCUCUAGUUUGGAAGAUAUCAGCCUGGUGUUAUUUGGAUCUCAGUCUUGUGCCAUCAACAUAACUACAAGCAAUUCACAAAGAAUUCGGUGCCGAGUUCCGCCCAGGGGGAAAGAUGGACCAAUUGUGAAUGUGACUGUGAUUAGAGGGGACCAUUCUGCAGUUCUUCCCAUGGCAUUCACAUAUGUCUCCUCUUUAAAUCCAGUGAUCAUGUCUCUGAGCAGAAACAGAAGCAACAUAGCUGGAGGUGAGAUCCUUUUCAUUGGAAUGGCGUUGCUGGUGGAUUACACAAAUUUGGAUGUGGAAGUCUAUAUCAAGGAUACCUUGGCUUGGGUUCAUGCAAAGACUGCUCAGGGUCUGGAGGUGGUGCUGCCCCCACUGCCAGCUGGCCUCCACAGAAUCUCAGUCUCCAUCAAUGGGGUCGACAUUUACUCAGCAGGGGUUGAUUUGCACAUCCAGUACAUCACUGAAGUUUUCAGCAUCGAGCCUUGCUGUGGGUCCCUUCUGGGUGGAACCAUCCUCAGCAUCUCAGGCAUAGGAUUCAGCAGAGAGCCAGGUUUAGUCUGGGUGCUUGUGGGCAAUCAGUCCUGUAACAUUGUGAACUUAGCAGAGACGCAUAUCUGGUGUGAGACUUCACCUGCUUCCCUGCCGCCUGAGGCAGAUAUUCUCACUGUCCCAGCCCCUGUGGAGGUCUGGGUUGGCAACCUGUCCAUCACCCAAGGACCUGCACCAAGCCUGGUGGGGAAGGGCUUUACUUUCACAUAUGAGGUGGCCACAACACCAGUAGUCACUGCUGUGCGAGGAGAAAUCACGAAUAGCAGCCUGAGACUCUACGUGGAAGGAAAUAACCUCUCCAACUCAGUGAUUCUUCUGGGGGACUUGAACUGCAGUCUUGAGACACAGUCUUUCAGAGGCAACACGAGCCUGUCUGGCUGCUCCUUUCCUCUUCACGGUUUGGAGGCAGGAGUCUACCCUCUUCGGAUACGUCAGAAGCAGAUGGGGUUUGCUAACAUGUCUGCAGCGCCCCAGCAAUUGGUGAUGACACCUUGGAUCACGACCAUCUCCCCAACAAAUGGGUCUGCUUGUGGUGGGACAGUGCUCAUGGUGAGGGGCUUGGCUCUCAACUCAAGAAGGCGAUCAGUUCAGGUUUAUCUUUCGGGUCCCUUUACUUGUGUGAUUUUGAGCUUGGGGGCCCAGAUGGUCCUCUGUCAGAUCAAACCGGUGGGUGACUCCUUGCCUGGUGCUUCCUUCACUCUGAACAUCACCAUCUUGGUCAAUGGCCUACCCAGUGAAUGUCAUGGGAACUGCACUCUUUUUUUGAAGGAAGAGACAACUCCUGUAGUGGAUGCCUUGACCACUGAUAUCAAUGGGUCUCUGACUACGGUGUUGAUUAGAGGUCAGAGAUUAGGCACCACAGCUGAUGAGCCAAUGGUGUAUUUGGAUGAUCAUCUUCCUUGCAUUGCAACUUUCUUUAAUGCAAGCCAUGUGGCAUGCCAGAUAAGCGACUUGACUCCAGGACUCCACUACCUAUCAGCAGUUCAUACAAGCAAUGGGUAUGCUUGUUCUGGUAAUGUUUCCAGACACUUCUACAUUUUGCCUAGGGUGUUUCAUUAUUUCCCCAAGAAUUUCAGCAUAUAUGGUGGGGGCCUCUUGACCAUAGAGGGCACAGCCCUGAGAGGACAGAACAGCACGGUGGUCUACCUUGGCCAGCAGGCCUGCCUGACGGUGAGCAUCAGUACUGAGCUCCUUCAGUGCUUUGUUCCUGCAGGGCAUGGCUCUGUUGUCUUGGACAUAGAGAUAGAUGGACUUUUGUAUCAAAUGGGAGUCGUUGGUUAUAGCAACGCGUUCACUCCAGAAUUGCUCUCUGUUUCUCACACUGAUGGCAUCUUGACUUUGGUGGUGGCCCAUAUCUCAGGAGCUGUGAACGUCGACAUUUUUAUUGGGAUGUCACCCUGCGUGGGUGUCUCUGGCAACAGCACGGUUCUCCAGUGUGUGGUUCCCUUUCUCCCUGCUGGGGAGUACCAAGUCAGAGGUUACGACCGGACAAGAGGGUGGGCCUCAUCUGCCCUGGCAUUCACAUCGAGCAUUACUAUCACAGCAGUGACCGAGAACUUUGGCUGCCUGGGUGGAAGGAUCGUGCAUGUGUUUGGAGCAGGAUUUUCUCCAGGGAACAUCUCAGCCGCCGUGUGUGGUUUUCCCUGCCAAGUCUUGGCUAAUGCUACAGUAUCUGCCUUCAGCUGCUUGGUUCGUCCUCUGGAUGUGUCCUUGGCUUCCCUGUGUGACCUGAAGCAUGAGGAGGAGAGCUGUGAAACCUCCAGCCUCACCUACGUGCGGUGCGAUUUGACUGUCUCUGUGGGGACAGAGAGACUACCUGAAUCAUGGCCUUACCUCUACAUUUGUGAAGAAAGUUCCCAAUGCCACUUUGCUCCAGAUCACUGGAUGGAGUCAGUCUUUUCAACGUUCUCAGGUCUCUUCAUCAGCCCUAAAGUGGAAAGAGAUGAAGUUCUCAUCUAUAAUAGCUCCUGUAACAUUACCAUGGAAACUGAGGCAAAGAUGGAGUGUGAGACGCCUAAUCAGCCAAUUACCGCCAAGAUUACUGAGAUACGAAAAAGCCGGGGCCAGAACACUCAGGGCAACUUUUCCUUUCAGUUCUGCCAGAGGUGGUCGAGGGCUCACAGCUGGUUUCCUGAAAGAGCGCCACAAGAUGGCGACAACGUCACAGUGGAGACUGGCCAACUGCUACUGCUUGACACCAAUACAAGCGUCCUCAACUUACUUCACGUUAAAGGAGGCAAGCUGAUUUUCAUGGAUUCAGGACCUAUCGAGCUCAGGGCACACUCUAUCCUUGUUUCUGAUGGUGGAGAACUCCAGAUUGGAUCCGAGGACAAGCCCUUCCAAGGCAAAGCUGAGAUCACACUCUAUGGGAGUUACCGCUCUACCCCCUUUUAUCCAUAUGGUGUCAAGUUCCUGGCUGUGAGAAAUGGAACUCUUUCCUUGCAUGGUUCACUACCAGAAGUAAUUGUCACACAUCUUCGAGCAGCUGCCUAUGCCCAUGACACAGUGUUGGCUCUGGAAGAUGCUGUGAACUGGCGCUCUGGGGAUGAAGUUGUCAUUAUCAGUGGAAUAGGUGUCAAAGAUGCCAAACCUGUGGAAGAGAUUGUUAUUGUGGAAACAGUGCACAAUGCAGACCUUCAUCUGAGAUCACCCUUGAGAUAUUCUUACAACUUCACAGAGAACUGGGUGGCUGGAGAGCACCAUAUUUUAAAGGCUACAGUGGCUCUGCUCAGCAGGAGUAUUACUAUACGAGGAAAUCUCACUAAUGAGAGGAUAAAGUUCCUCACUUCAUGCCAGGAGGCUAAUGCUUCAGAAGGUAACUUACAAUAUUGUUUGUAUUCCAAGAGUGAGAAGAUGCUAGGAUCUAGGGAUCUGGGGGCCAGUGUCAUUAUACAGUCCUUCCCAGAGGAGCCUAGCCGAGUCCAGUUGAAGGGAAUACAGUUCCGAGACUUGGGGCAAGCCUUCCGUAAGCAUCUGAGCUCACUGACUGUGGUGGGCACUAUGAGAGAUUCCUAUAUUCAGGGCUGCACGGUGUGGGGUGCCUUCAGUAGAGGACUCAGCAUGUUCGGGACCGUGGGCCUCACGGUGGAUAGUAAUGUGUUCUACAAUAUUUUAGGCCACGCACUGCUGGUGGGUACAUACUUGGAGACAAGAUAUAUUCCUUGGGAGGCUAUUCCUGGAAGAAAAAAUGACUGGUCAGAACAGGGAAAUAUAAUAAGAAACAAUGUGAUCAUCAGUGUUUCUGGCACCGAAGGACUCUCCAAUCCUGAAAUGGUGACACCAGCUGGUGUCUAUAUUCGCAGCCCCAGCAAUGUUGUAGAGGGAAAUAGGGUAUGUGCUGCUGGUUAUGGCUACUUUUUUCAUCUUGUGACCAACCAGACAUCACAAGCUCCACUUCUCUCCUUCACUCACAAUAUUGCACAUUUUUGUACAAGGUGUGGUCUCUUUGUAUACCCUAAAUUUCAGCCACCUUGGGAUAAUGGCACUGGCCCCACCUUGUUCCAAAACUUUAUGGUUUGGGGAAGUGCAGGUGGUGCCCAGAUUUUUAGAAGUAGCAAUCUUCACCUGAAAAACUUCCAAAUUUAUUCAUGUAGAGAUUUUGGAAUUGACAUCUUGGAAAGUGAUGCAAAUACUUCAGUUACUGACAGCUUAUUACUUGGUCAUUUUGCCCACAAUGGAAGCUCGUGUAUGUCAGCUGGGAUCAAAACUCCCAAAAGAUGGGAACUGAUGAUAUCUAACACAACCUUUGUUAAUUUUGAUCUCACUGACUGCGUGUCUAUCAAAACCUGUUCGAGCUGUUCCCGAGGACAGGGUGGAUUUACUGUGAAGACCAACCAGUUGAAGUUUACAAACUCUCCAAACAUAGUAGCAUUUCCAUUUCCUCAUGCAGCAAUUCUGGAAGACUUGGAUGGGUCUCUGUCUGGGAAAAAUGGAAGUCAUAUUCUUGCUUCAAUGGAAACCCUCCCAGAUUCUUGUUUGGUCAAUUCCAGCUUCAGUCAGAUUGUCCCUGGCAGUGUCUGUGGGGAAAAUGUUCUCUUUCAUCGGAUGUCUAUUGGAUUGAUUAAUGCUCCAGAUGUUUCUUAUGAUUUAACCAUGACUGACAGCAGAAACAAGACAAUCACUGUCAGUUAUGUGUGUGACACACUGUCUAACCCUUAUGGCUGGAUGGCACUGCUCUUAGAUCAAGAGACCUACUCACUGCGAUUUGAGACCCCUUGGAUCAACAGAUCUCUACAGUACUCAGCAACAUUUGGCAACUUUGCUCCUGGGAAUCACCUCCUGCUGGUACAUACAGUCGUGUGGCCUUACCCCGAUAUCUUCAUAAGGUGUGGGAGACAAGUGGGGCGGUCCCUUUCGGCUCUUCCAUCACCUCGUAAAGACCAAGGAUGUGACUGGUUCUUCAAUAGGCAGUUGAGGGAACUCACCUAUCUGGUUUCAGGUGAAGGCCAAAUUCAAGUAAUUCUCCAGAUGAAGGAAGGUGUGCCCCCAACUGUUUCAGCUUCUACCUCUGCACCUGAAUCGGCUUUAAAAUGGUCCCUCCCUGAAGCAUGGACAGGUGUUGAAGAGGGGUGGGGAGGACACAACCAUACCAUUCCAGGUCCUGGAGAUGACGUCCUGAUUUUACCCAACAGAACUGUCUUCGUGGAUACAGAUCUUCCAUUUCUCAAAGGCCUCUAUGUGAUGGGGACUUUAGAAUUCCCUGUGGACAGAAGCAACAUUCUGAGUGUGGCAUGCAUGGUCAUCGUAGGUGGUGAGCUGAAAGUUGGUACUUUAGAAAAUCCCUUUAAGAAAGAACAAAAGCUUCUGAUUCUCCUUAGAGCCUCAGAAGGAGUCUUUUGUGACCGUCUCAAUGGAAUUUAUAUCGAUCCAGGAACAAUUGGGGUUUAUGGGAAAGUUCUGCUUCACAGUGCUUAUCCUAAGAAACCCUGGACACAUCUUGGAGCUGACAUUGCCUCAGGCAAUGAGAGAAUUAUAGUAGAGGACGCAGUGGAUUGGCGACCCCAUGACAAAAUCGUCCUUAGCUCCUCUUCUUAUGAGCCUCAUGAAGCAGAAGUCCUCACCGUUAAAGAAGUCAAGGGCCAUCAUAUUAGGUUCCAUGAACGGCUCAAACACCGACACAUUGGAAGCGCCCACGUCAUGGAGGAUGGCCAAUAUAUUCGUCUGGCUGCUGAGGUUGGACUUUUGACCCGAAGUAUACAAAUCCAGCCUGAUAUAUCAUGUAAGGGGAGGCUACUUGUGGGGUCCUUCAGGAAGUCCAGCAGAGAAGAAUUUUCAGGUGUUCUUCAACUUUUAAAUGUAGAAAUUCGGAACUUUGGGUCACCAUUAUUUUCAUCCAUUGAACUCACUAAUGUGUCAGCAGGAUCCUGGAUAAUAUCUUCUACUCUGCAUCAAAGCUGUGGAGGGGGCAUUCAUGCAGUGUCCAAUCAUGGGAUCACUUUAAAAGACAACAUAGUAUUUAACACAGCUGGACAUGGCAUGGAUCUAGAGGGUCAUGCCUAUUCUCUCUCCAAUAACCUUGUGGUUCUGAUGACACAGCCAGCAUGGUCCACGGUUUGGGUGGCAGGAAUCAAAGUGAACCAGGCAAAAGACAUCAAUCUCCGUGGCAACAUUGUGGCAGGAUCAGAGAGACUUGGCUUUCACAUCCGAGGCCAGAGAUGUUCCUCUCUUGAAGCCCUUUGGUCUGACAAUGUGGCCCACUCAAGCCUUCAUGGCCUUCAUCUGUAUAAGGAAAGUGAACUUGACAACUGUACUAGUAUCUCUGGCUUUUUGGCUUUCAAGAACUUUGACUACGGUGCCAUGCUGCAUGUGGAGAACAGCAUAGAGAUAGAGAACAUCACUCUGGUGGACAACGUUAUUGGUCUUUUGGUGAUAGUAUAUGUGUCUUCUGUUCAACAGAGUCCCAUUGAAAAUGUGCAGAUUGUGCUUAGGAACUCAGUCAUUGUGGCCACUAGCUCCUCUUUUGACUGCAUUCAGGAUAGGGUUAAGCCUUGCUCUGCCAACUUGACCUUAACAGACCGAGCUCCUUCUAACCCAAGAGGGGGUCGAGUUGGUAUUCUGUGGCCUAUAUUCACCUCAGAACCAAAUCGGUGGCCUCAGGAACCAUGGCACAAAGUGAGAAAAAGCCAUGCAAUUUCAGGAAUUAUGAAACUUCAAGGUGUCACCUUUUCUAGUUUUGUGAAGAGUUGCUAUAGUGAUGACCUAGAUGUCUGCAUUCUGCCCUCUGCAGAGAACACUGGAAUCAUUCAUCCCAUAACAGCAGAGAGGACCAAGAUGCUAAAGAUCAAAGAUAAAAACAAGUUCUACUUUCCUCCUUUACCAAGCAGGAAAGAUUUAGAAACACUUGUUUGCCCUGAAUCAGAUUGUGAAAGUCCAAGAAAGUUUCUCUUUAAGGAUCUGGAUGGCAGAGCCCUGGGUCUACCUCCACCAGUUUCGGUAUUUCCUAAAACUGAGGCUGAAUGGACUGGAUCCUUCUUCAACACAGGUACAUUUAGAGAAGAGCAGAAAUGCACUUACCGAUCCCUGAUACAAGGCUACAUCUGCAAACAGACAGACCACGUGAUCUUAAUUCUUGACAGUGAUGAUGCCACGUGGGCAAUGAGGAAGAUAUAUCCUGUUGUGUCUGUGACUGGUGGUUUUGUUGACACCUUUAGUAGUGUAAAUGCCAAUACUCCCUGCUUUACUUCAGGAUCUGCAUCUAUUUUCUAUUCCGUUUUACCCACCAGAGAAAUCACCAAGGUCUGCUUUGUAAAUCAGACUCCUCAAGUUCUGCGUUUUUUUCUACUGGGGAAUAAAAGUACCUCCAAGCUUCUCUUGGCUGUAUUCUACCAUGAACUCCAGAGCCCCCAUGUUUUUUUAGGGGAAAGUUUUAUUCCACCAACUCCGGUUCAAUCAAUUUCCUCAUUGCUGAAUCAGUCUAUUGGUUCCAACUAUUUCAGCAUCAUGGAUAAUAUCUUGUAUGUUGUUCUACAAGGAGAGAAGCCCAUUGAAAUACGCUCAGGUGCUUCUAUUCAUUUGGCCUUCACUGUGAUGUUUCCAGUCCUAGAAAAGGGUUGGGAAAUCAUGACCCUUGAAAGACUAACUGACUUCUUGCAGGUUAGCCAAGACAAAAUCAAAUUUAUUCAUGACAUGCCUGGCAAUGAAGCAACCUUAAAGGCUAUUGCUGACUAUAGAGCAAAGAGAAAGCGCAAUUGCCCAACUGUGCCUUGUGCCAGUCAUUAUAGAGUUGGUCAACGAAGACCUCUUAUGAUGGAAAUGAGCUCAUGUAGAGUUCCAGCACCAACCAGCAUGGAAACUGUCUCAAAAGUACUGGUCCUUGAAAUUGGUGAUCUGCCAACAGUAAGGAGCACUGGCCUGAUUCCAUCUUUAUCAAGUAACAAAUUACAAAAUUUGGCUCACCAGAUUAUCACUGCUCAACAGACUGGAGUACUAGAGAAUGUUCUGAAUAUGACUAUUGGGGCCUUACUGGUGACUCAGUCAAAGGGAGUCAUUGGCUAUAGAAAUACAAGCAAUUUUAAAAUUGAGAACUUGAUAUAUAUUCGGCCCUAUGCUCUUUCAGUCUUAGUCCAGCCUUCAAAUGGAGAAGUGGGAAAAGUACUUCCAGUACAACCACAACUCAUCUUUCUAGAUAAGCAGAAUCGGAGAAUUGAGUCCUUGGGGCCCCCCUCAGAGCCAUGGGCCAUUUCUGUUUCCUUGGAAGGGACAUCAGAUUCAGUGCUAAAAGGGUGUACUCUGGCAGAAACGCAAGAUGGUUAUGUAAGCUUCUCCAACUUGGCAGUUUUGAUUUCUGGGUCGAAUUGGCACUUUAUUUUUACUGUCACUUCCCCUCCAGGGGCCAAUUUUACAGCUCGAUCCAGGCCAUUUGCCAUCUUACCUGUGACUAGGUCAGAGAGGUCGACCAUAAUCCUGGCUGUUUCUCUGUGCUCCAUGGUCUCAUGGCUGGCCUUGUGCUGUCUGGUGUGCUGUUGGUUUAAGAGAAACAAAAGCAGAAAAAUAAAAAAUGAAGAUAUUUCUGAAUCCCAGACUAAUGAUCAAAAGAACCAUAGCCACGUCUCAUCCAAACACCAAGGAUCACAGGUAGAGACUGAUAAAGAAGACCCCAUAGUGGGAGAAGAUAUGAGGAUGAAGGUCAUGCUGGGCAAGCUGAACGAACUCCCCCACCAGUCACUAAACGGAGUGUCCAGAAGGAAGGUUAGCCGCCGUGCUGUCCAAGAAGAGGGUGGCAGCCGAGAAGGGGCUGCUGUGCCUGCUCCCACUAUUACCGGUGUCACCUCCCACAGGCACACCUGCGCCCUAAGCCCUUCUGUUCAGCAGACUUACGUGCAGGAGACUGGGGACUGGAAGGAAGCCCAAGAACAGUUGCUCAGAUACCAGCUGGCAGGCCAAGAUCAGCUGCUGCUGCUCUGUCGAGACCUCCCACAGGAGAGGCAACAAUUGCAGGACCAGAGUCAGUUGGGCAAGGACGGUGGCAGCUUGGGGCUUUCUCAGGAGAAGAAAGCCUCCUGUGGUGUCACCGAGGCAUUCUGCCUUCAUUCAGUACAUGCAGAAGCUAUUCACGAACAGCUGUGAUCAAGCAGCCUAGUGGGCAUUUGGGCUGAAAGUCAGAAUGUUCAAAAUAUUUCUGGAAAAUGAGUAAAGGAGACGAGGCUUGAUCUGUUAGGAGGCUAAGAAGGGAGAAUAGGAACUCUGAAUUCUCUUUUUUCAACUUUAGAAUGGAAGACGAUCGUAUAAUUGCUUGUAGAUUGAAACAGUGUCUGAUAUAUCUUUUGUAUGUAUCAUAGAUCCGAGGCCAGGGCUAGACAAAUAAUAGGUUCCCAAAUAUUUGUUAAUUUUGUAUUUGUUUUUUAACUUAAGCCAAUUACCUUCCUGAUUUCACCAUUCUUAAUAAUGACUCAAUACUGAUUUAUACCAGUAGGAGUUGUUAUUAAGCUUUCUCUAGGAUGAUCACACCUAGUGCUUUGGGCUUUUCUUAUUAAGGGAUCAUGCAAAGGUCUGGUCUGCUACAGUUAUUCCCGCAGUGUUGCAGCAAAACAUUUAUCUUAUAGGAACAUUUGAAUGAUAGGAGAUUUGUCAGAACUUGUCUUCCAAUCACAAGACAACUUCCUGGUUUUUUACAAGUCGAUUUUAUUUCAUAGUUUAAAUCUUAUCAUUAUUGAAAGCCCACAGUAAAGCAAACAUAUCAAGUCUACAUUUCAUGAGUAUUGAUACAAGACAAUUAAUAUUCUCAUGGGUUUGUUGAAAUUUUAGUUAAAGACAAAGAUUCAAAAACAGUAAAUUUUUGGAAGGAACUUGUUCAUGAAUCAAAGUUAUUUUUCAGUAGUUAUUUCUGUUAGUAACUAGGUUAAGUUUACAACUGGAAUUAAAAAAAAAAAAAAUGAACUCUAUUGGGAGACCAGAGAUAACUAAGUGGCCAAGUAAAUUAUCAGCUAACUUAUUUAUCAAGGAACUGCUUUUUGGAGAAGAUAAUUCAUAGAGCCUGCACAAGGAGGUGAGGAAGAGAUUAUAUCAAGUGCAGCUUCUCUAAGCUGUGCUAGAGUCUCUAAUGGAGACCAGAGUAGAGGGUCAACUGGUGUUAAGUUGGGUAAAGAAGCUAAUGGCAGUUCCACCUAAUCCAUGCAUUUGCACAGGGCCCAUCAGUGUUCACACUAAAGGAUAAUUUAAACAUCCUGACUCUGUCCCUGGCUCUGUUUCCAGAAGUCUUUACAUUUUCAAGGGAGUAAAGCAAAGACAACGGAGGUGAGGAGAAUUUCCAAAAAGAAUUUGCUCUUAGAUUUUCUCUACUGUAAACCAGGACUUUCCAAUCUCUGAAAGAUUAAGGGGCUGUUCUAUGUUUGAAUUAGAACAGAGUAAGGAGAUACACUUUUCUUUUGUAAAAUUUUAAAUAACGAUGCCCUUGUAUUAGCCCCAUAGAAGGUACUGGCUGAAAGUCAUCAUCAGCAGGGCAUCAGUGGGAAGUAUUUCACCCUGCCAUGAGUUAACAGAAACUUUCUCAACCUCUUUGUCCAUUUUUUUAUUUAUCUUGUGGACAUCUUAAACCUUCAAGCUGCCCUGAAAGGAGUAAGGCAGCCUUCUCUGUGACACUAUGUUGGAUUCUGAGGGAGACAGAGUUAGUAUACUUCAAAAGAUAUUAAUCCAGGCUGUCUGUAUUUAAGGAAGGCAUUAAUGGGCAAUCUGGCCUAUAGAAAUUUACUCUGGAGGUACAAAAUAGUUGCCUGCAGGAUAAAUCCUCAUUGUCGAUAUACUUUGUUUGGGUACUAACAGUGUUUAAAAAAGUAACAACAACAACAAAAUAACUUGAAUGGCUUAAGCAGACUAUGCCUUCUCUAGUUUAUUCUCUGCUAUAACCUGUUUUUUUUUUUUGUCUCAUUUUUGUAGCUUCCUGGUCUAUGAAGUAAUUCUGUUUGCAAUCUUUACUACAUAUAGUAGGUCUUUGAAGAGCUCUAAUCUUUUUGUACAAAAACAUUUUAGAAAUUAAGGUUUUUGAGUAUUAUAAAAUGAUAGUAGUCUUAGCUGAGGUUUUAUCUACAUAUUCUCCCUUUCACUCUGGUGACUUCAUUUACCACCUUGAAUUUCAGCCUAGAUUUCUUUCCUGAGCUCUAUACCAUAUAUUUAGCUACCUACUGAGAACUUCUACUAGGUUGUCCCACAGCACUAUGAAUUAAUAUGGCCUUAAAGCCUACUCCUCCUCAUGCUUUCUCUAAUACAAUGCAGCACAUCCCUGCACUAGACCAGAAAUCUAGAGGUCAACCAUGACUCCUCAUCCUACUUUACCCUUCAAAAGGGUCAUCUACCAGCUCUGUUAUUUCUGCUCUUUUUUUGCCCUUUUCUCAAUCUUUACUAUCUUCUUAUUUAUCCUCCAUGUACCAAAAGACUGACUUUUCCAGGAGAUAAGAUUAAGCCUAUCUCUCUGUCUAGGGAUAACCAUAAUCAACCUAUUCAUUCUACCUCCAGCAAAGUCUGAGAUCCCUGACAUCACAAUUGACUCCUUGGGCCUGAACAGUAGCCAGAAACAUUCAAAGUAACUCGCAAGGCAUGUGGCAUGAAAUCUCACAGUCUGAACAGAAUCACCCAAACCAUAGUUAAGCCAGUCUUCUUUUUCCAUCUCAAAAAAAUGGGAGAAUUGGGUAAAUGCUUGAAGCAAAUAACUCUUUAUUCAUUCAUGUCUGGAGAUGAGCUGAUUAGAUAAAAUACCACUAUAGACCAACCCUAAAUGUAUUCAGACCAUAAUAUUGGUCACCCAGUAACAAUCCUUUAUUCAAAUAAAUAAUUUAAAAAAUA